AUGGUGCAAUCAGUAGGAACAUAUUUCAUCCGGCCCUUUAGGCCUCGGAACUUGGAGUCAUUGUCAGCCCGCCUGAUCCUGCCAUUCGAGUCCGCGGACGUAUACUACGGCGCCACUACGGACCCCUCCAAGGUCCCCGCGUCUUCCAAGAUCGCGCGGACCCGUACCAUGUCGUUUUUCAACAUGCGCUCUGCCGUGGACUCUGUCUACAACGAUUUGUGGAACGAAGACGACAACCGCAGCACCAGCUCGCCGCUCAAGCGCCGCGCGUCCACCGACGACACUACGGGCUUGGCGCGCCGCUUCUUCAUUGCCGAUAUCGACCUGACCUUGAACCAGCUCCUUAAAACAGAGGACACGGAUCACAACUGCCAGAUCACCAUCGAGGACUCUGGGCCAAAGGUGUUGCAGUUGGGUACCGCCAACUCCAACGGUAUCAACAAGUACGACAUCCGCGGAACGUAUAUGUUGUCGAACCUCCUUCAGGAGUUAACCAUCGCCAAGCGCCUUGGCCGCAACCAGAUGGUGCUCGACGAGCGCCGCUUAAAUGAAAACCCGGUUUCGCGGUUGUGCCGCUUGAUUAAGACCACUUUCUGGAAGAACUUGACGCGCCAGUUGGACGCAGAGAACAUCGCCCACAUGGCCCACGACACCAAGAUCAAGGGUCCAGAGGCUGAAAACCCGCGGAUCUACGUCCCGUAUGAUUGCGCCGAGCAGUAUGAGUACUUCACCGAACAGGCGAGCAAGGACCCUGAGGCGAAGCUUGAGGUGGUGUACUUGCCAAAGGAUAUCACGCCUGAGUAUGUCCGUUCCAUCAACCACCGGCCUGGACUCUUGGCCUUGGCGAUGCGCAAGGUGGACGGAAAAUUGACCGGGUACCCAUACAUUGUUCCUGGCGGUCGUUUCAACGAGUUGUACGGCUGGGACUCUUACAUGGAGACGAUCGGGUUGCUCGUGGAGGAGGGCCUCGACGAGACCAAGAUCGGGCUUGCACGCGGAAUGGUUGAAAACUUUGUGUUUGAGAUCACCCACUACGGCAAGAUUUUGAACGCCAACCGGUCGUACUACUUGUGUCGCUCGCAGCCACCGUUUCUCACCGACAUGGCCAACAAGGUGUACAACAAGUUGAUGGACUAUGGAGAUAUUGCUGAUGCCAAGGACUUCUUGGCGAGAGCCUUCAGGGCUGCUAUCAAGGAGUACAAGACGGUGUGGAUGGCCGCGCCAAGGUUGGAUUUUGCCUCCGGCUUGUCGUGCUACCACCCAGAUGGGGUAGGGAUCCCGCCGGAGACGGAGGCUUCGCACUUCGAGGCGCUCCUUGCGCCGUAUGAGAAGAAGCACAAUGUGUCAUUUACGGAGUUCCAGCGGAUGUACAAUGCAGAUGAGAUCAGCGAGCCCGAAUUGGACGAGUACUUUGUGCACGACAGGGCUGUCCGUGAGUCAGGCCACGACACGUCCUAUCGGUUGGAGGGCAAAUGUGCGGACCUCGCCACCAUUGACCUUAAUACUUUAUUGUAUAAGUACGAGGUGGAUAUCGCCGCGUACAUCGAUUCUCACGGUGGGACCUUUGACGCAUCAUGCGACGGCGAGUGUGGGCACUUUGAGACCGCUGCGUGGUGGCGCGAACAGGCGGAGUUGCGCAAGGAGCGCAUCAACCGCCUCUGCUGGGACGAGGAAGCCGGGAUCUACCACGAUUAUAACAUCAAGACCAAGACACAGAACCCAUACGAAUCGGCCACCACCUACUGGGCGCUCUGGGCCGGGGUUGCGUCGCCGCACCAGGCUGAGUUGAUGGUCACCAAGGGCUUGCCGAAGUUUGAGAUGUUGGGUGGGCUCGCAGCGGGCACUGAGGAGAGCAGAGGCCUGGUGGGCUUAGACCGGCCGUCGCGCCAAUGGGACUAUCCAUUUGGCUGGGCGCCGCAGCAGAUUAUGGCGUGGGUUGGCUUGACGAACUAUGGCUACAAGGCCACUGCGUCGCGGUUAGCGUACCGCUGGCUCUAUUUGAUGACCAAGGCGUUUGUUGAUUAUAACGGGAUUGUUGUGGAGAAGUACGACGUGACCAGUGGCAAGGCGCCGCACAAGGUCGAGGCCGAGUAUGGUAACCAGGGUUCUGAUUUCAAGGGAGUAGCCACCGAGGGGUUCGGGUGGGUGAACACGAGUUAUGUGUUUGGGGUGUCGUUUUUGGACAACCACGCAGAGCGUGCAUUAGGCACGUGCACCCCACCGCAUGUGUUCUUUGGGGCGUUGAGACCGGAGGAGAAAGAGAAGUACUACGACUGAUUGUGAAGUAAGCGGAACGAACGUGCAAACGGAGUUUCCUCUUAGUCCCUCAGUGAGGUUUAUUAUCAACACGGCGUGUUCAUAGCGCAAUACUUUCUUUUUAGACCAAUUUUACGCACAAUAAGCGUGCUUUCUUUUAGAUAAAUGUAGAACAAGUUCCGAUGUACAGGUGG